CUAUUACUAUCAACAUAACAUUAAUUCUUCACAAGUUCAAACGUAAUAUUAUUACGUUGAACUUCUAUCGUAAGGGGGAUUUUCUUCCAUGCUAUCAUCAUAUCUGAGUUUUAUAUGAUUUUGUCACUUUAUUAUCAAAACAAAAUUUUUUAAUUUAAGCUAUAUUGUAUUGAGAAAAUAUGGAGAAUGAUAGUAUAGAAAAUCCCACUAAGGUUAAUAAAUAUGCAGCUGCUUGUGCUAUUGUUGCUUCCAUGAUAUCUAUCAUCUUUGGCUAUGAUACUGGUGUGAUGAGCGGAGCUAUGAUAUUUGUGAAGAAAGAAUUCCACAUCAAUGAUCACAAAACAGAAGUAUUGGCAGGGAUUCUUAAUUUAUGUGCUUUAAUUGGCUCACUUUGUGCUGGAAGAACUUCUGAUAUUAUCGGGAGACGUAACACUAUCGUUAUAGCUUCUGUAAUUUUCUUGCUUGGAUCAGUUAUAAUGGGAUAUGGCCCUAAUUAUCCAGUAUUAUUGUUUGGAAGAUGUGUUGCUGGUGUUGGUGUUGGUUUUGCACUUAUGAUAGCACCAGUUUAUUCUGCAGAAAUCUCAUCACCUAAGUCUCGUGGAUUCUUAACAUCUCUACCAGAAAUUGGAAUUAGUACUGGUAUUUUACUUGGUUAUUUGUCUAACUAUAUCUUCUCAAGAUUGCCCCUUCAUCUUGGUUGGAGAAUUAUGUUAGGAAUUGCAGCACUUCCUUCACUUUUAUUAGCUGUUGGCAUUCUUAAAAUGCCAGAGACCCCUAGAUGGCUAGUUAUGAAAGGCCGUCUAGGAGAGGCCAAGAAAAUAUUGUACAAAGUCUCGAAUACACCUGAAGAAGCUGAAAUUCGGUUCAGGGAUAUUAAAGAAGCUAUGGGAAUCGAUGUAAAUUGUGACGAGGACGUUGUUCAGAUUCAUGAAUCAAAACAAUCACACGGGGUUUGGAAAGAAUUGUUGUUAAGACCAACCCCAGCACUAAGAUGGAUUUUAAUAGCUGGUGUGGGGAUUCAUUUCUUUGAACAUGCAACUGGUAUUGAAGCUGUGAUAUUAUAUAGUCACAAGAUUUUUGCCAAGGCAGGAGUACAUGACACAAGGAAGCAAAUCCUAGCCACAGUUGGAGUUGGACUGACAAAAUUUACAGCUAUAGUAAUAUCCACUUUCUUGGUUGACAAAGUUGGGAGGAGAAAGUUAUUGUUAUUUAGUGUGAUUGGCAUGAUCUGCACAUUAGCUGGACUUGGAACUUUCUUGACAUUGGCAGAGCAUUCUGGAGGGAAACUUAUUUGGGCUUUGGUACUUAGUAUCAUUACAACUUAUGCAUAUGUGGGGUUUUUCAACGUUGGACUUGCACCAGUUACAUGGGUUUAUAGUGCUGAGAUAUAUCCUCUAAGGUAUAGGGCAUUGGGUAAUGGAAUUGGUGUUGCAGUCAAUAGGUUGAUGAAUGCUACUGUUUCAAUGACUUUCCUCACCAUGUCUAAUGCAAUUACUAUUGGAGGUACUUUCUUCUUGUUUUGUGGAGUAUCUGUGGUGGCUUUGCUUUUCGUCAUCUUCUUUUGCCCUGAGACCAAAGGAAGGUCUUUGGAGGAAAUGGAAUCUAUUUUCACCAGACGCAAGCAUGUAGAAGAUACUAUUAAAUAAACAUCGAACGAUUUAUUGUAUGCAAUCUUAUACCUUGCAUUUCUGGAAGAAUAUAUAUAUAUAUUUGCGUCUUUGAUAUAAUCAAAACAAAUCAAUAUAUUUAUUUAUGUCCAAUAAUGGAGCAGUUUACAUUUU